AUGAGUCAAAGUACCAGCUCUCGCCUGGCAGACUCACCUCAGCUCUCCAGGACCAGCCUCCUCAACAUCCUCGGCAGCCCCCAGCCUGAGACGAUGAGCCUGCCGGACUCCAUGCCCCCCACCCCGAAGAGUGGCACGCCCUCGCCGGGGCCGCCCCAGCUCCCCCUGCUGGGCGCCGUGUGUCUGGACGGGGACUGGGAGAGCCGGGAGGAGCUCCGGCUGCGGGAGCUGGAGGAGGCCCGGGCCCGGGCGGCCCAGAUGGAGAAGACCAUGCGCUGGUGGUCGGACUGCACCGCCAACUGGCGGGAGAAGUGGAGCAAGGUGCGGGCGGAGCGCAACAAAGCCCGGGAGGAGGUGCGCCAGCUGCGGCAGAAGCUGGAGACCCUGACCAAGGAGCUGACCAGCCUCAAGCGGGAGCGGCAGGAGGUGCUGAACGAGAACGAGCAGCUCGGCAAGGAGGUGGCGCGGCUGAAAGGGGAGGGCGAGGAGGAGCAGGAGAAGGAGCUGGACAACAGGGUGGCCUCGGAGAAGGAGAACGAGGGCUCCCAGGAGCAGGAACCCGUGCGGGAUGUGGGCUCCGAUAAGCUGAGUAAAAAUAAGGAGUUCGAGCUGAUGGAAAACAUCCUGAAGAGCAAACAAGAAGGGCCCGAGUGCUGGGACCAGCGGAGCUCAGUCAGCGUCCGGACGUCCUUCACUCGCCCGGAGAGGAACCGGCUGCUCUGGGAGGACAUGAGCGUCAUCGAGGAAGAUGCCACCAAAGUGACUGCGCUGAAGCUGAGGCUGGAUGAGUCCCAGAAAGUGUUGCUCAAGGAGCGGGAGGACAAGCUGUCGCUCAGCAAGAGCAUCGAGAAGCUGGAGGGCGAGCUCAGCCAGUGGAAGAUCAAGUACGAGGAGCUGAACAAAAACAAGCAGGAAGUGCUGAAGCAGCUGAACAUCCUGAAGGAGCUCCACCAGGAUGAACUAGGGCGGAUUUCGGAGGACCUGGAGGACGAGCUGGGGGCUCGCUCAAGCAUGGACAAGAAGCUGGCAGAGCUGCGCACGGAGAUGGAGCGGCUGCAAGCGGAGAACGCGGCGGAGUGGGGGAAGCGCGAGCGCCUGGAGACAGAGAAGCUGAACCUGGAGCGGGAGAACAAGAAGCUGCGGGCUCAGAUUGAGGACCUGGAGGAGGUGCUGGCCCGGAAGCGCCGGCAGACGGCCAGCGCGCUGGACACUGACCUCAAAACCAUCCAGGCCGAGCUCUUUGAGAAGAACAAGGAGCUGGCCGACCUGAAGCACAUCCACGGCAAGCUAAAGAAGCAGUACCAGGAGAAGACGGCCGAGCUGGCGCACGCCAACCGCCGGGUGGAGCAGCACGAGGCGGAGGUGAAGAAGCUGCGUCUGCGGGUGGAGGAGCUGAAGAAGGAGUUGGCCCAGGCGGAGGAUGAGCUUGAUGAAGCCCAUAACCAGGCACGGAAACUGCAGAGGUCCCUGGAUGAGCAGACAGAACAAAGCGAGAACCUCCAAGUGCAACUGGAGCACCUGCAGUCCAGGCUGCGGAGGCAGCAGAACGCGCCGCUCUUUGGGAAGAUCCGGAGCUCCCGGUUUGGCCCCGACGACCCUGACGACGGGACUAGUGACCUGGAUGAAGAUGAAGAUCUACAGAUCCAGGUUCCUUAG